CAGCUCCGAGCUCGCCCGGCCAGCCAGCGGCGGCCUGCGGAGUGUUCCCCGCGUCUCUUUCUUCUUUCGACAGUGUGGGUGUGUGCGUGCUUUUCCCCUCCCAUCGUUCUCCCGCCGCCGCACGCCGACUUCGUCCGAGGGCUGCAGCCAGCGGCAUGCGGCCGGACACCUUGCUGCCACCGUUUUUGCCCCAAAUACCGUGCCGUUGUUCGUCGUCGGUCUAGAGGAUCGACCAGCAGAAGCUGUAACACCGACCUGCCGACAUUCCUUGCGCCCCUCCGGCACCGCCGCCAGUGGAUUUGGGCAUUCAGGUGGCCGCCAAGUCUCCCCAUUUCUCCGGCCGUGCUCGCCGGCUCUCCCGCGAAGAAAGGCGGACGCGCCCCGGGCCGGUCAACGGGUGGCGGCGCGCUCGAUGGUAUUCUGUUCAUGCGGGGCUGAAGCGGCGCAUCAACAUGUGAGCAUCGCUUUCUCCCUUCCGCCAAGAACUUCCGGCAACCCUUGUAUCGUCUGCCUACGCAGUCGGACUGAUGCGCUCAGCGGUUGGUUGGCGAGUUGACUAGUCAGUGGCCGCCAUGACAUGCAGAGCGCACGACUACAAGGCUCUGCUCAAGAACAGCCUGCGGAAAUGGGAUCUGCGGAAGUGGGCAGUCUUCGUAGUCCUGCUGUUGAUGCUCGUCUCCCUGCACAUGUACGGCGUUCAACAGUACAGCCUCGCCACCAGGGCGGUCUGGUACAAGAGAUUCCUGACCAACCGGACGCGCUUCUCGAACGAGUGCCGUGGUUGCUGCCGUCCCGCGCUGAACGUGUUCCUGCUGAAGACUCACAAGUGUGCCGGCUCCACGGUGCAGAACGUGCUCAUGCGCUUCGGCGACCGGCGCAACCUCUCGUUCGCCCUGCCCAGAGAAGGCAACUACUUCGGACAUCCCAAGCCCUUCUCUCUGUCCAUGAUCCCAGCAGACAUGAUCCCUCCGUGGGGCUUCAACAUCUUUUGCCACCACGUGCGCUUCGGCAGCGACGACCUGCGGCGCCUGAUGCCCCCGGACACGGUGUUCAUCACCAUCCUGCGCGACCCGGCGCGCCUCUUUGAGUCCCUGUACUUGUACUACCACCUGGAGAACCAUACUGGCGUCUCGCUGGAGGCCUUCCUCAAAAGCGACACCAAACAGCACUGGCUGGACACGCACCGCUACGCUGCUCGCUUCGGCCGCAACCAGAUGCUCUUCGACCUCGGCAUGGACACCUCGGGCCGCACCAACGACUCCGAGGUGGAUGCCUUCAUCCAGCACAUCGAGCAGAGCUUCCACCUGGUCCUCAUCGCAGAACUUUUCGACGAGUCGCUCAUCCUGCUCCGAGAUUUGCUCUGCUGGGACACCCAGGACGUGGUGUACUUCGAGCACAACCAGCGCAUGCAAAAAGCGGCUGCCCGCAGCGGCAGCAACAAUGGCGUCGACAAGGGUGACAGCGCUCUUCGUCGCGAGAUGGAGCGGUACAACGCGGGCGACGGUCGCCUAUACCGUCACUUCCGACAGAAGAUGGAGCGCCUCAUCGACGAAUACGGCCGCAAGCGCAUGCGUCAGGAAGUGGACGGCCUGAAGUUGUGGAAGAGCCUGCUCUACGAGCACUGCGUCGAGAAGCUCGAUUCCGGCCGCACGGUUGCGUACGAGACGCGCGAGUACAGCGACGACGUCUACAGCAUUGUUCUACGUUCGGGAGUCAACAACCGACUCUGCCUGGACAUGGCGCGCGCCGAGCUCCCGUACACCGAGAGACUCCGGCGCAAGCAGAGGCUCCUGGCGCGCAGCAGCCACUGGUGGACACUGCCGUGGUCAUCCGGGGACGGAGCGCCAGAUGAACCGGCAGUCGUCAGCACGCGGGGUCAACUGCUCAGACGGGCGGUCAGUGCCAGGCAAAGAGCGCGUCGGCGCGUGGCCAAAGGUUGACCGGCGCGUGGUCGGAGCUACCGGCGAACGACUCUCAGCUACGAAGGUCAGCGCUGCCACCGCUGUCGGGAAAUGGGCUUCCAGUCUCCUCACCAAACUUGGCUCCAGCACAAGUCACCAAAUUAGUCGAGGUACGAAGAAAGCUGGCCCCGGCGCUAGCCAUUUCAGUAUCGGGUCUUCCUCGGCCCGUAAUUCGCCGGGAAGAGCAGUCUCAAGUGGCUAAGAGGCUUGCAGCCUGCUGGCCAGGAGGUGGCUGGGGCACGAGUUUUGCGGAUGAUUCGAGCUUCGAAGAUAGCCCCAGCUCCAAUGCCAAUUGUUCUGGCAUGCGCUUCGUAUGGCCAAGUAUUUGUCAGGAAAAGCAGUUGCGAGUGACCAAAAAAGCUCAAUGUGUGACCCUGAUUUCACGCAAUGGUUCUGGAGUCUCGCGUCCGAAGGGUAGUUGUAGCACUGGUCUCUAAGUCAGUGACUUUAAGCAGAAAAGGAUCAAAUAUAUACAUCCGUGCAGCAUUCCAUGAAACGGGCUCUGCAAGACUUCAAGUGCUUCGAAAUGAAGUCCAGCAAGUUCUUCGUGAGCCUGAAGGUAUCUUCUGCUCUGCAUUUCAUGCAUGUGCUGUGCCUGUGAUAAUCAAGGGCUUGUGAUAUGCCCUUCUGCCAGCAGUUUGCUGUGAUUUGGCUCACUGCUGAAAAUGUUAUCAGUGCCGAGGAAGGACAUAGGGGACAUGAUCUGCUCAUUGAAGACAUUGAACAUGCGUGUGUAGGAUAUGUCUGUAUACUUGCAAUUUAUAAGGACUACAUUGUUUAGGACAUGUGUAUUAGCUUGUGCAUGUGUGUGUAUAGACGUGAAAUUCAGUGGUGUGGUGCUUAGGCAUGGUGCAGCUUCUCGCUGCCACUUAAUUUGUUCUGUGCUGUACAUUGUCAGUCAGUCAAUCAGUCAAUUCUAGCGUAUCUGUGUUGUGAAUGUGGUCUUCGCUAAAUGCAGGAGUGUAAAUGUGAACAUUACAAGAACAACUAGUUGUUUUAUUCCAGUGGGCUGCUGAGACAUCGACAGUGUAUGACAGCAAUCUAGGCUUCGAGAUUGUUUUUUGAAAGAUGCGACCAUACCAUCAGUCUGGACCAAAAUACCGUUCGGUGUUGAUAUUUCACUAUGUGUCAACACAUGUUGUGAGUAGUUUCUUGUCACAGUAUAUCACAAUUGAAAUUAACAAGGCAGUGGCUAGUAUUAGAUCGCAAUGUAAUUUUGAGCUGAACUACAAAGCUCUUGCAAACAAAGCUGUGUUAGAGCAUGUGCUCCUAAUAUGAAAAUGUUUUCAUUCCUGUUUGUUAGUUUCAAACAAUAGUCUUCCUUGGUUAUUCUCUGUUUAUAGCUCAGAUUUUUUACUGACACCAAGGAUAUUACUUAUGUAUUUUAUGUUUCAAGUUGUCUGCUGUCAUGGUAUUCAAUAUUCAGUGCACUACACAUAGAAAGAAGUGUUGUACGCUUCUCGUAAGUAACUUGGAUGGCAUAAGUUGAUACAUUGUGACCUUAAGGUAAGGAAUAGUUGAAAUUUUGGCAUGGGCAACCAGCACCGACACACAGUGUAGUCUUCGAAUGGGAGGUUGUCUUUUCUUAAGUCAUUCUCGCUUGUUGAAAAUGCCUUUCUCAUUCAUUCUAUGUUUGGAGAACACAACAAACUUUCCAUUGUUUUCAUUAUGUGGCUAUCGCCAAAAUCGUGUGUGCGAAGUUGUCUGAUUGCAAGAGCGCACUAUUGUACUGUUAAUUGAUUUUCCUCCUUUUUUAUAUUUUGCCCUAGAUUGGUUCAUUUUUGUAACAUGUGAGAGCUUUAACAGAUUUUAAUGUUCUUUUGUCGUGCAGCUUCUCGUUGUAAUACACAGCAUCCAAAAGUAACAGUUGCACGUUAUGCUUUAUGGCAUUACGAUCUCAAUUUGAAACCACACACUGUUCCACAAAUAUGUGCACUCUCAAGUUGACAUGCUCUUGUUGAAGGACCAGCUACUGACAUCAAGCCCUUCAGCUCAUUCCUAUAGCAGAAAGCCUAACCAGCAUUUUCUGAAACAAGUUUGUCUAGGUGUAAUCACAAUAACCUCUCUAGGCCACAGAAAACAAGGUCACAAAUGUUGUAGCACAUGCUGUAUUAGUAAAUGUGGUCAAAUUAAGACCCAUGCUUUCAGACACAGUUGGGCUUAUGUACAACAAAUUCUUGUGCUUUGUGUUUUCUUCUAAGUUUUAGUGACGAAAAAAGUUUUAAAACAGAUUUUUACAGCAGCACGAUCAUUUUGCUCACGUCUUGUGAGUCAGUAUUGUGCGUGGUGAAAAUAGACUGGUCUCGGUAAAACUUCCGCUCAUCGUGGUAUGGCUCCGCCUGAUGCCCUAUGAAGAAUAAUGGAAGUAAUGUCUCCUUAGCAUUUAGGUAUUUUCCUUUUGCCUCGGUCAGUUGUCACCGCAGUAUUUGCAGUCGUGUUUAAAUGACUAUUCACAAUAGCCACAGAAGAAUUCUUGCAGCUGCAUGUGGAAGAAGUUAGGAUUGCAGUUCACGAUAUAUGUCAUUAGAACUCAAUUGCACUGCAGGCGUAUUCGAACUCGACACGAAGUGAUCAGCAAGAAAAUAAUAAAGCUUACGAUGAAACGCAAGCGGUUCUGAUGAACUUUGUUGUUUCGAGCCAGUAUACUCACAAAUCUUCACAAUAUGAAGUGCCCAUUACGGGACACAUUCGCCGAAGCGAGAGGACUUCCACUAGCGUAAAAUAAUAGAUGACGUGUACAUACUACCUCUCCUCGGCUCCUUUCUUAAAGAUAUUGCCAGACUUGUUAGCACUGCUUUCUUUUUCUUCCUCUCACUGCCAGUCAUCCUGCAGUAAUGUGUGUGCCGUGUUGAUGUGAGCCUACUGUAGCAAAAAUAAUUGCAUGAGGUAUUCUUCUGAUUUCAAGCACCCCAUACUUAAUUCGUAUGAGUCAGCAUCGUAGCCUUGAAUCCCUUGUACUGCUUGUUGGUCGUAUUCACGAUAGGUGAAUGCGAGGACAGAUGUCUGCACUUCAGAUGGCAUCACUAAUGUGCUGCUCCAGUCGCAAUUCUUGUUAACCUACUUACUGGCGCUUGUUACUGUGUGGUCAACGGCUCACUUAACUGUGCUGAGAACUCCAGGUUUUCCUAUACCUUUCCAUGAAGAAGGCAUGCUUUCACAUUUUUCUAAAUUGAAACAUCUACAAAAUAAUUUGUUCCGAUUUUUGGCACAAGCAUUAAACAUCCAUAACGAUUUUUUUUUUUUACAUGUUUGGGAACAUGCGUGAAUUGGUGUCUACAACUGUCGAAUGUGGUAACACCACCUGUGUAGAAGAGCUUGCUGAAAUAUGGCAUCGGCCUGUAUGAUCAGAUUGAGCAACGGACUAUGGCGCAACGGCGUAAAGAAAGCACCGAUCGAGAUUUCUGCGGUUUCGCAUCUGCGUGGUGCUUGAUGCUGACAUCAUAUAUACCGUUAAAUGGAGCCAAAUGACACAAUAAACGACGUUAGCCUUAUGGACUGCUGUUAUAUAUUCUUCCCGAGCUAUAUAUAUAUAUAUAUAUAUAUAUAUAUAUAUAUAUAUAUAUAUAUAUAUAUAUAUAUAUAUAUAUACUCUCUCUGCCAGGGCCUGUCCGGCGGUAAAAAAAGACAUGCAUUACUACAUCCUCUCAAAUCUGAAGUGCAUGAAAUUAAAGCACCUCUUUUCCCCCUAGAAUAAAGUAACACCCGUCCCCACUUUCUUCGUAAUAUGGUUGAGAGUGGGAAAGGGAGUUAUGUACGUGUAAGUACGUUAUUAAACUCGAAAAUCGUAAGGGAAGACUGAAUUUACUUUCCAAAGUUUUGUCGUGCCUAAACUACACUUCCGAUAAUGUCACUGCGUUCCGUCGUAGAUGUCGCGGUAUUUUCCCAGUUUUUAUGCAUAUCUCUGCCCAAGAGAGGUGACAAAAGUGAUUUAUUUUUAUUUUGCUUUUGAAAUGUUCCGUGACAGCUCAAGCACGUUGGUUAGAUGUAAUUAUGGAGAAUUGAGUGCGACGCCCACAAACACAAUACGAGGAGUGUUUCACGUGAAUUGGGUUGUACGUUCGUUAAUUUUGUGCAUCUCGUUACCUUUUCGUUGUUUAAAACGUAGAAAUAUUUAGCAAACAGUUAACUACUAUUGUUUGUUGAGUCGGCCUAAUGCAUGACACGACGACGAGCACUCCAAUGUGACUUCGCCACCAGUAUUUCUUUGGCGUCCUUUUGUGCGCACAACUUUGUGCCGCAAGUAGCAUAUUUGAUGCUCUAGAAUGGCAUCUGUCAAUCUAAUUGACCCCUUAUCUUCUUAAAUCCUUUCUGGUUUGAAUUUUCUUCAUGGUGAAUCGAAUUCAUAUUCGCUGCACGUGAACAAGAUAAUAACAUAAAUAUUUAGCGAAGAUAUUCUGAAUUAAGUUUUUCGCAAAGAUAUAGAAAACAUCUGUCAGGAAUUCAAGAGGCGGCAAAAAGUUUAUGUAACUUCAGACAUCUGAAUUGCUACAAAUUAUUUGGACUACAUGGUGAGCCUAUAUAUACACAAGGUGUCCCAGCUAAAUUUAGCCAGAGUUUAAAGAUAUGCAAAUGCCACGUAGCUGCACCGAACCAAGGUAAUGUUGCUUGCCUGUGCUUGGAGAUACUCAGCAUUUUCGCAUUCUGCAUAAUGAGAUAAUUAGUCUUAAUGUAUUAACCAGCUUCUCAAUUAUUAUAAUUAGACGAAAAGUGUCAAUGAAAAAUUUGUAGAGCAACAUGAGAAACUCCCCAUAUAACUUUAUGUUGCUCAAUAUGUGCUAAAGUGUUUUUCCGAGUAUGAAAGAAGCCCGCGAAUACACGCAGAAUUGCUACACGACUGGCUGCUCGAGGCACUUAACGUGUAUUCGCGGGCUUCUUUCACGCUCGGAAAAGCACUUUUCUAUAUCACGUACUAAGCAACAGGAAGCUGUAUCGGGAGUUUUUCAUGUUACUCUACAAUUUUCUCAUUGACACUUUUCAUAUAACUAUAAUAAGUGAGAAGUCGGUUAAUAAAUUAAAACUAAAUAUAUAUAACUAGGCUGAAUGCGAAAAAAUAAUCUGAGCAUCUCCAAGCGACGGCAAACAUUACCUUGGUUCUGUCCAGCUACGUGGCAUUUGCAUAUAUCUAAAGUUUGGCUCAACGUAAGUAAAAUACCCUUUAAAUAAAAGAGAGAGAGAAAGAACAUUUAUUCGAACCAACGAGGUGGUUGCUCUUGAGGUCGAGUGGGUGGUGUCCUCAUUCCAGGACUCCACUGACCAUGGCUGCUCGACGUACUUGCUGGACGAGAGCUUCUUGUCCCGCCAAGGUAUCGCCGGUCAGCUGUACCUCCCACCGCUCAAAUGACGUACUAGGCGUCUUUAAGUGUUGUGGUUUGCCCCCGCACCCCCACGAGAUGUGAAAGAGUGUAGGGCGUGUGUCGCCGCACCAGGGGCAGAUGCCCCGAUAUGCAUGUGGGAACAUUUUACUGUAUCUGUGUAGGUUUGGAAAUGUGUUGAUCUGAAUAAGUCGGAGAGCUACGGCAUCUUCAGUGCUGAGCUUUCUGUGAGGCGGAAAAUAAAUCCUGCGGUUCAGUCGCUGGAUCUCGAGUCGGUCGCAGUAAUUGGACGGCAGGGGCAUGAAGGUAAAGGGUGGGGAUUGAUGAGACGAUUCGUCUUGCUCCACUCGGUUGAUUAGCGCUCGAGCUAGGGCGGUCGCUCUCUCGUUCCCCUCCAGACCCGCGUGGCCCGGCGUCCACGUGAUUUGAUGGUAUUCUUGCAGCCUCGGGCCUAGAAUCUGAGCCGCCAGCAGCGGUGUUCGUCCGUUGGUAAAGUUACGGCAGGCCUGUUGCGAGUCGGUAACGACAUGGACUUCCCUGCCUACCCUGUCUUCUUGCUUUAUUACCAGCAGGUUUCAAAGUUGCGGCACUGAGGCAUAUUAUCACGUGUAGAUAUUUGAGAAAUUUCGAAAAGAGCCGAUGACCUGGAAAAAUGUUGUACAUAAUUCCGGUGGCUCGCAUUCUAUGUCUCUCAUUAGUUCUUGCUCAAUGUCGGAUUAUUUCUUGUAAAGUAUCACGACAACUUGAAUAGUCGGAUCAGAACCCUCCGUCGUUGCUUAGUGGCAAUAGUGUUGGGCUGCUAAGCACGAGGUCGAGGAAUCGAAUCCUGGCCACGGCGGCCGCAUUGCGAUGGGGGCGAAAUGCCAAAACACCCGUGUACAUAGAUUUAGGUGCACGUUAAAGAACCCCAGGUGGUGCAAAUUUCCGGAGUCCUUCACUAUAACCUCAUAAUUUAAUUUUUUAGUAGUCGGACCGGAAAGGCUUGAGAACGAUGACCAAGUGCGAAAUCUAAAAUAAUUUGGUUCGAGUUUCUUUUUUUUUCAGUUUCUAUUCAAUAGGGAAUCUUCCCAAGCCACCCAGGUAUUUGCCGACCGUUAGUCUUUGAAAGCCACCCAAUUAAUGCUGCUCUAACUUGGCUCGGCGUUGCAGUCCGUUCCACAGUAUUUUUCCUCACUGCAGACGUGUGCGGAAAGUGGCUGAGUACAUCGAUUGGGAGAGGGGAGAGAGAGUUAGAGCCGCCGUACUCUUGUACUGGAAUAGCUAGAAGUCGCGAAGCAUGUUAAAUUGCUCGAGUCUAUUCGAGACGACCGAGAAGAGGAUGCUCUGACCGGGAGCGACGCGCGGUACAUGGUUGCAUUACCUCAUUCCUAAAUAAAAAUCAAAUCAAUUUAGUCGUGUUCUUUCGCAUGAUUACGCUCCUCAUUGGCUAGCCGGAACGUUAGCUUAAGUGAAACAUUGUUUUACAACGCAGUAAAUAUGCAUUUAGAGAAUUUGCUGCUCGCAAGUUAUAUAGAAGCAUACGAAACGUGGCUCAUAACUAAACGUAUGGUGCGAGGUACAUUGAAUGUCGUUCGGUUUCGCCCUGAAGGAUAUGGAGCAUGGACACCGUUGGAAGAUAUAUCUGACAACGAUGAAGCGCAAUAUCUGUGCCCAAGGAGGAAAAAACAGGCGGAACAAGUGCUGCCAACAAUGGAAAUGUCGUGGUCGUGGGUUCGAUCCCGGUCGCCGUGGCCGCGUUCCGGUGGGGGACGAAUGCAAUAACGCUCAUAUACAGUUCAUUGGUUGCACUUUACAGAACUUCAGAUGGUCCAAAUUAAUCUGGAGUACCCCGAUACGACGUGCCUCAUAAUUGGAGAUCGGAGUUCUGGCAUGUGAUACCCCAGAAUUUAAUUUAAAUUGAACAAAUGUGAAUGUGUAUUGAAAUUCUUGCCCCAGCAGGAUAAAGCGUGCAUGCGCUCAAGGCUUUCUGAAACCAGCUACAAAAAAAAAAAUGCACACAAAGAAACUUGCAAAAAACGGGGGCACAAGCUCGUUUUGGAACCUGAUAACAAGGCAGCAUGCUUCCACUGUCAACAGUCUACAGUUGAUUUAAAUCUUGGAAGCGGCCGCGACAGCAAGUAGUCUACCCGACAUGUGCGUUAGCGCUAUUUAUGUGGCACUUUAAAACAAACAAAGGUGUUUCGUGGGUUGAUGUUGCUACAGCUAGGCUGGUCCUUCAUUCACGCCUGUUUGAUUCAAUGUCAUCUGUACCAGGUGCGCGCUGUUGACGUUGGACAUAUGCUGCCCUAUUAUUCGGUCACAGAACGAGAUUGUUCACGCGUUGUUUUCAAUUUUGUUCUCUGCAAUUAUUUUGUUGCCACUUCCAGAGUCUUGACCGCAUGCGCGCUUGUACCGCUAUGGCAAAAUGUUCGAAUAAACAUUCGUACUCCUUAGUAGCAUGUCAAAUAGACCUCACCGUUGGAAGAGCUCUUCGCCGGUGUUUUAAUCGUGCUUGCGGAAAAUUUCUGAGAUUAUAUGUACGUUUAGGCCAGUAAGCGAUACCGGUGUAAGGCCAGAUAACCUGUGAUGUUUGCGGCGCUUAAUAAAAUAUAAUUCUCCCGGUCCCUUUCAUUUCUUGUCUCAGGUACACUGACGAGAAGUGAGUAACAAACCGUAACAUGACGGCGCCGCAACACGGACGAUCUAACGCAAGUAUUUUAGUGCUUUAGUUUGACGCGUGAAUAGAAUUCCAGUGUUUCGCGUGCCAAAACCAAGAUUCGAUUGUGAGGCACGCCAGAGUGGGGGAGAGAAUUUUGACCACGACGGGACCUUUUAACGUGCCCCCAAUGCAUAGGACAUGGUCGCUUUUGCAUUUUGCCAACCGAAGUGCGGCCGCCGCGUGCGGGAUUUGAUCCCCUGACCUCGUGCUUAGCAGCGCAACACCAUAUAACCGCUAAGCCCCCGCGGUGGGUUUGGUGAAUGUAAAGAGCUGCAAGUGUGUGGACACGCAACGAGUACAAAAAAGGGACACAGAGCAAUGGAUGAACUACGAUCGAAAUUUAUUAGUGUGGUUUGCUGGGCCAGUUGGUGCAUGGCGAUAGUAUAGGGUGUUCCAGCAAGUACAGACGCAAGCACAAGAAGAAGAAACGCACAGGACAACGUUGGACUUACAAUUGCAGUUUACUGAGAAUACAUUUCAGAAAUCUUCGCCACGCAUGCAUAAAAAACCAACAACAAUAACAAGGUUUAUAGUCAAAUAUCAACAACAAGAACAAACCUAGCCACAAGACCCUCCCGAUAAGGGCCACAACACUUGGAUUAGAGUGGUAACCUUAAAAAAUUGAAGUUUCUUAUCAGUGAGAUAGACCGAAGGUUUACUCGCACAUAUAUGCGCGCCCAACUUUCUGGUGUGGAACGAUUCGCUUAUUUCUCUUUCCAGUCUACUGCACUCUCUUCCCACAAUCGAAACACUAUAAAAAAGUGGUCGGCAUUCGCAAGUUUUGCAAUGCAAGGGCAAGUUCCUUCCUGUGCCGGUAGGAAGCAAAUUGCGAUGCUCAUGCAUGCGAUAAUUGAUGCAACGGCCUGUCUGGGCAACGUAGGAGAGUCCGCAUGAAAGAGGUACACGACCUAUAAUGCACACUUUCUUGUGAAAAAAAAAUAAGUAGUGUGCUUUUUUCCGCAGCUACUACUCACACCUUUCUUCUCUCCUGUGAUGCUUUUGCACAACCUAGUCAGUUUGCUCGGCGCCAAAAACACCAGCGUGAUGCCGCUCAUAGUGGCCACGCACUUAGGAUUAUGAAACAGGCCAUGCAAAUACGUCGAUGCUACCAAUUUUGAGUCUUCUCAUCAUUCCAUUGUUCCUGCCCCUCCCACCGUCCACUAAACACUCGCGGCAUUUUAAAACUCCACAAAGGUUCGUCAACAAAGCGCGUCACAGUGGUGUGGGCGGUCGCCUAGAGCAACCUUUCUUUUAACAAUAAAGCUUUUUGGAAGGUGUCAUCACGGCUAAAUGUGAUCAGUCACGGUAGAACCAAGCAGAUGUGUGGACAGGAUAAAAUGCAGGGACAUAAGAGACUAUCCGUACCAGCUUUAGGAGCCAUCUGUGCACAUGCAGCUGUUGCCCUUCCACAUUCAGAAGUUUCCCCGCGCGCAUCAAGAGGACAUUUGCCGGACCUGUGCGUCCAAAGCCAGUCCAACAGCAUACAUCUCCUGCGGGACAGUCUCUUGGGCGGUAGUCUGGAUAUUGUCAAAUUGGCCAUCUUGUCAGAUGUGAUCGACCCAGAGAGCUACAACCGCCUCUCUGGUUGGUUAAAAACACCGUCAUUGCAUAACUAGACAAUGUGGUGUAAUACUUAUGUAUUACACCACAUUGUCUGGUGUGUCCAUAAUGACACACCAGCUAGAUAAACGCUUCGUUCUUGUGAGAACCGGUCUGCCUUUCGCCGCCUAUAUACAGGUUGUCCCACGUUACUUGAACCAAGGCUUCAAAAAUGAAAUGCACUUCGGAUGCGAAAUGAACCGAAUGUAUAGAGUUGGCAACAGCCUAGAUUAUGUCAGGCUACGUUUAUUUUUAUUUUCGCCAUAACUGAUUAUUCAAUUACGUUUAAUUACCUAACUAUUUGAUAGAUGGCUUAAGACCGCAAGUGUGAUACGCCAUGUUGUAGAGCACAUUCAGAAACCACUUCAUAAAUUGUUUUCUACGUGAUACGUCUCACGUAUAAAUUUUUUCGCAUGUCAAAAAAAAGAAGCCCACGAACUAGGAAAAAAAACGCGAUGGGGCGCUUGCGCACUCUUAUUGUGCUGAGUUCAAGCGUGCAAUGGGUGAGCAAGCACGGCAGCAGCCCGACUGUGGCUUUAUCGCCGCUUUAUCGUUUCGGCCGCGCUCGCCAUGAGCAUGCAUUUGCGCCGUUAGGCUGGCGUCAAGAGCUGGUGGCCCAGAUGCCUACAACCAGCGUUGGCUUCAAGAGCUGGUGGCCCGGAUGCCUACAACCGGCGUUGGCUUCAAGAGCUGGUGGCCCAGAUGCCUACAACCAGCAUAGCGCCCUGUGACUUCCCGUAACCACUUGCUCGUUCACCAAUUGCACACCUAAUGAAAUAAUUAGUUAUUGUGAAAAUAAAAAUAGCCUGAAUUACUCUAGGCUAUUGCCAACACUACACAAUCGGUUCGAUUCGCGUCGGAAGUGCAUUUCAUUCUUGAAGUCCUGGCUGAAGUUCCGUGGGACAACCUGCAUAUUUCUGUCGGGUUUCGCGAUUGCAGGUUAAUAAAGCAUGAAAAAUGUGCGAAAUUCCAUUUUCGACAGCCUAAGCGCUAACAAUGACCUCUGUAAAUCGUACGAUUUGGAGUGUCGCCUAACCCUAUUUUCCAGAAAGAGUUUCCGGAUAGGUUCAUACGGAUAGUUCGGAUAGUUCCAUACGAUUUUCUAAUUUUUGGUAAUUUGUUCGUUUCUCGAAGGCGGAACAAUUAUGCGUUGUGGUGCGCAGAUAGAAUUUUAGACUGUAACGUUGCCACAGCAAGAUAUGUUCGGUUGGCGAUUGACUGGCACGGCGACUGCCGUAUGGUUUGAACAACUUUAUAAUAAAACCGCAUGGAGGAUAGGUCAUGGCCGAUAUUGCUGGCUCAAGCGAACGCUAAAUGAUGUCGUAUACGUUCUGCGUCCGUCAGUAUCCCCCCUUACACUUUGUAUUGUGAAGUCUAUUUAAUUUCCUUUUUGUCGUUUGUCGUUCCCUAGCCACGUUUGAAUGUAGUGGGUGAAUAUAGUCACACUCAGUAGUUUCAAAGUGUCAAGUGAGAUGUAAGUGACCUGACAAGGGCUGUCAUUGGCGUCGGAAACGAACGCCCGUGCUAGUGUAGUUUUCGCACACACACUCGUUCACAAUAAGUGAGCGAGUUUUUUGUCAACUGAUGUAUACAUUUAGCUUGACACUCCGGCCCUUAAAUUGAAUCGUUUGUCCGUGCUGUAUGCGUGUGGAUGUCUUGUCGUUCCACAGAUGAUAAUAGUGCACCAGUGUGUGUGUGCGUGUGUGUGUGUGUGUGUGUGUGUGUGUGUGUGUGUGUGGCAGAGAUGCCGGAACUCGGUUCUCGCAUUAUGGCGAUUCAUUUGUCCCUUGUACGGGGAGUUGUUUAUAGUGGCUGUUGUUUAAAUAAAUUGUUUGAAGACGAA